GAAUGAAAAAGGUGACUUGUACAAUGUUAGUACAACCUUCACUCAAAAAACGCCGAGCGCAGUUGACAUAGAAAUUUCUCAAAAGUCCUUCGUUUCAGAAAAACGUCGUUAUCUUUUUCUUUUUGUUAUUCAUUUUUCCUCUUCAUGUUUCUUUUAAUAUUUUUAGAAAAUGAUUAAUGAAAAUUUCAAUAAUAUUAUUCUCUCACAUUUUUAUGUUAAUGAAUAGUAUAUUUAUCUUUGAUCUCAUGCAGUCUUUUUGUGUGUUUAUGGUCACUGAAGCAAAUAAUCAUUGAUGCUUUGAAAGCAUAUUAUUCCUUGCCUUAAGAUAUUUUACUAGCCAACGAACAAUUAAAGUGUAUAAUGCUAUAUAGGAGAAGAUCGAAGCUAUCUGCGUAAAAGCGACUCUUUUUUGACAAUCUUUAAAGUGUUUUGGCUGCUUGACCUUUCUUUGAUCGUUUCCAUUCAUAUGGAAACGUUGAAUCCUUUCAAACGGAAAGGAAAUUGACUCGACGAUUUUGGUUGUUGUGUUAAAUAAUCUAAGAAUAUUGGCGAGGCGAUGGAAGAUUUUUUGAAGUCAACUUUCGACUACAAGGUCCCUCGAGAAGUUACGGAACAACAGGAAGAUGAAGAUGAAACUAGCACAAAGUUUAUUAUAAUACUUGUGCUCUCUCUAUUUUUUGCUGCUUGUGUUGGGGUCAUUCUUCUGGCAAUACUUUGUAAAUGGUUAAAAAAGACGAAAACAUCAGAGAAUAUGGAAAAUCCACCUUUGAGCAAAGAGCUACUAAUGUCGAUGGAAAAACCACGUCACGUAAAACUCAUGCGUACCGAUAGUUCCCGAUCUGUGAUCAUCGACAACAAUCGUGAUGCAUCAGGCCUUUCGACGCCACUCAGCCCACUCAGUGAAGAAGAUGGCCCUUUAACAUUCGAGAAAGGACGGUUGGAAUUUUCUAUGUUUUAUGAUCGUGAACAGGAAAAUUUGAAUGUCAACAUCAUUCAAUGUCACGGCCUACUUCAGACAUCUUAUGUGUAUCAUGUGGAAGGCACUCUUUUACCUGAUCUAACAACACGUAAAAAAACAACAUCACGUCAACACAAUCCAAGUCCAGUAUUUGAAGAAAUUAUCAAAUUCUCUCUUCCUUUUGAAGAACUGCCAGAGAGAACAUUACUGUUAAACGUACUUGAAUUGGACAGUUUUUCUCAAAGAUUACCUGUUGGCCAUUUGCUUUAUUCAUUUGAUACUGAAAACAAUAAUUACAUGGAUAUAAUGCGCAUUGACGCGGAUUUAAGUCGUGAACUACCUCAGGAUAAUUUUGACGAUGUUGGUGUUGGUGAAAUAUUAGUUUCUAUCUGCUACAUGCCAACGGCUGGACGUCUUACUGUCGUUAUUCUCAAGUGUCGUUUGUAUGAAGCGACCAAUGGACUUCCAAAUCCAUUUCUCAAAGUUUCGCUUAUGCUCAAUCGAAAGCAAUUAAAAAAGAUCAAAACUUCAGUUAAGUAUAAAACACUUACUCCAGUGUACAACGAGGCCUUCAUAUUUGAUGUUCCUGCACAGCAUAUUGUGAAUGUUGGUCUUUAUGGUAGAGUCAUCAAUGAAAGAGAAGGUUCAAAACAACUAGGAAAAUUUGUUAUCGGCUCGAUGGCUGGAACUAGCUUUGGAUUACAUCAUUGGGAAAAUAUGAUGCUUCGCCCCAGGAAACCUAUCGCUCUGUGGCACAAGAUUUUGUAAAUAAUGCCCGACACACAAAAAAACUGAAAUCGAGAGUUGUAUCAAAUGCUCCGAUAAUUAAAUUCCUAUAAGAUUUUACAAAUAUUUUGUUAGUAUCAUCCGACAACGUUGGAAGACACGAUAUUUAGUUUUUUCUAGAAAAUUCAGCUAUGUUUGAAACAAAAAAAACCGCGUGCCUUACGGUGAAGAACAAGAUCGAUUAUUACUUGAAGUAUUCGUGAAACGUUCGAAAACUUUCUCAAUGACGACUUUGAAUCUACGAUUGCGCAGCACAUAAAGGAAUGGGUCUAGUGAGCAGUGGACUUGAAUGAGACAAUUGAGUGGAUGCAGCCAAGUGUGGAAUGUGACGAUAUUUCCACCAGAGAGUCUGUCGUAAAACCUGAAAAUUGUGGACGGCAGCCAACUGAGGAGAAAAACCAGAAGAAGUAGAAAUAUGGUUUUUGUAGCACGCAUUUUGGAUAGAAACUUUUUCCCUUUUUUAUUCAGUCGUGACUGCUUCCAUAUUUUAUUCUCCUGUUUCUUUGCAAUAAUGAAAAUUGAAAUAUGUGUUGCGACAAUGGAAAUUACAAUGACCGAUAUAACACAAGGAAAUACAACCGCUGACAAUUCUCUUCUAAAGUAUGCAGUCGCACCCAUGCUGAAUGAUAUCAACCAUAUACCGCUUACAAAGAUUGAUGACAUCUUUUCAGUCAUGAUGUUUUCAUAUCGUAAUGGCCAUUGUAUUACAAUAUAACGAUCAACUGUUGCCAUUAGUAAACUGAGAGCACUUCCUGAUAAUGUUGCUUGACCAAUGCAUCUUCUCAAAGCCCAUUCAUAAUUUUGUUGAGGGUGACGAGCUAGCAACCUUCGUAUGACAAAUGGUUGGAAAAAAACACCUGCCAUUAGGUCUGAGAUACAUAGACUCGUACUGAAAACAUCUGUUCUUUUUCUCAAAUCUGUGUAACUAAAAACCAACGCAACAAGUAGAAUAUUGGCUAAGGAGCCUAAUAUUAUUGCCAUAAUGUCGAGCGCUGAUAUUAGAACGGCGAUAGAGAAAUUAAUUUGCACAAAAUUCUGCACGUUUGGCAAUGUCGCAUUGACAUUUGGCGAGAAGUUCCUGUGAGCAUCCAUUUUCUAGAAAAAUGAUUAAAAAGUGGAACUUAUUCAUUACAAUUGCCUCUUACUUCCUACUUACAAAACCAAAUUUAUUUCAAGUAGCCACUAGACUAGCUAUGUUAAAGGCAAUUUCCCUUUAAAAAUUCUUCCGCAUAUUGUAAGCUGUAUUUUUUCGUAGAGUUUGUUUGCGUUGAUUGUUUUAUGGUGAUAAUUAUCUCUCUCUUGAUUUCCUAACUUUAGAUCACCACAUGAAACUGAAUAUAAACACGCACGAAAAAUUUCACAAUUCAUUUCGAGGGAUGUGGGUGACAAUCAAAAAUACCUGCUUACCUGCUAGAAUGCUUCUUAAUAUUUCUGUGUUGAGUGAGAUAUGACUUUUUCUACGUUGUGUUUCUCGAACAACAUACAACAGCGUUUCUACAAGGCUUUCUCGAAAACAGACACGUUUUUACAUACAACAGCGUUUCUACAUUAAUCUUCAGCUAAAAUGAAUGAUCCUCUUUUGAGCUCUUGAAGUCGUGUAAUUUACAUAUCACUAUAAUUUAAUUAUUUUAACUUAUAAUUGUAAAUAUAUUCAGCCUAAACAAACCUUUUUGUCAGAUGCUAGAAGUACAAGCACGUCUCAGUUCGCAACUUCAAAACAACAAACUCUAAGUAUCAGUUGUUCGUUUCUUCAACAUUAUAUUAAGCAAUUGUCUGUUUUGCUUAACGACGUGAAAAAAAUUAAGAAUUCAAAGUCAAUUUGAAAAAGAUAAUUGUAUUUUGUUCACAUAUAUUCUUCAAGGUGUAUAAUUGUAAUUUACGUUCAUGUGCGUCUAACAAUCUUAAUUAUACGAUUUAUUAACAUCUGGAAAA